AUGAUCGACCACGUCCUCGGACGGCCUUCUGUCAAGUCGCGCCGGCUUCAGGUCCUCGGCGUUCUGGCUUUCUGGUCUGCUUAUCUCUAUCGCGGUCAUCGACAUGGCCCUCCCGUCGUGCGCUUCUUGUCCAAAUUCUGGACAAAACGCCUGACCACAUGGCAGACCGUCGUCCUAACCAUGAUCUAUCUCUACAUCGCCCGGAACUUCAGUACGCUGGUCAACCUGGCCAGCCCCGAACCCAUGGCCAACAUGUAUGAUACCGCCUAUUUCCGCGCCACUUGGAUCCUGACCGCGCUCGAUGCCGGCUUCUGGACGGCCAUGAAGAUCAAGACAAAGUGGUUGCGCGACCUGGCCAGCAUCGUCUUCUCCGUCUUCUACAUGAUCGCCGCCGAACGAGCCGACGAAAAAGUGCGCAAGGUCAGGGGCAUGCUGACCGUCGAGCACCUCCGCGUCUCUUGGAACAAGAGCACCACCCCUUACAUCAGGUUCUUCCAGAACCUCCUACGCCCUCGUCUGACCCGCUGGCCCCCGCGCGCCAUCCGAAUCCCCCGCCCGGCCGGCAGCGAUUACACGGAACCCGUCUCGGCCUGGCUCUACUACGACGGGCCGUUGGCCGACCUGCGGCGCCACGAUAAACUCGUCCUGGACAUCCCCGGCGGCGGUUUCGUGGCCAUGGACCCCCGUUGCAACGACGAUAAGCUGUUCACCUGGGCCGUCAAGACGGGACUGCCCGUGCUCAGCCUCGACUACAAGAAGGCCCCCGAAUUCCCUUACCCUUACGCCCUCAACGAGUGCUUCGACGUCUACGCCACCCUCGUGCGGAGCAAGGGCCGGUGCAUAGGCAUGUCCGGCCGCCAUGUCCCCCGGGUCGUCAUAGCGGGCGACAGCGCCGGUGGCAACCUGGCCACCGCCGCGACCUUGAUGAUCGUCGAGCGCGCCAAGCUGCUCCCUACGCGUCCGCGUCGUCUAACGGACGAUGACGAUGGCAGGGGUGGCGCUUUGCCGCUGCCUCUCCCCGAAGGGCUGGUCCUCUUCUACCCGGGCUUAGACAUGAACAUUGGCAACUGGAUGUCCGACGAGGAGAUGUCGCUCAUGAAGGAUCGGCGGAUGAAAGGCACGAGCAAGUCUAUCGUUCGCAGGAAGAGCAUGCAAUACAACGAUCUCGUUGGUACUCCGCAUCAUUCUGAUGACGAGGACGAGUCUACGCCAUCCACGUCGAAACCCAGAAGCACCGGGCUAAGCAGUGUCGUGGAAAACGAUGGUCCCGCCGCCGCCGAUCGCGCGAGGUCUCCUGCUUCCACCGCCGGGAUCACAACCCCCGCUACUCUAUCGACCACUGCUGCCGGUGGUCUACAGAAGAACCCCGUUGCGUCGCAUCAUCCGCAACCUCUACGGACUCGCCUCGCAAUGUCUUCCAUGAUAUCGUACUUCAACGACCGCGUGCUCACCCCCGAGAUGAUGCGUGCGAUGAUCAUUCUCUAUAUCGGCCCCCACAACCGACCCGACUUUAGCAAAGACUAUCUGCUCUCGCCCGUCCUAGCGCCCGAUGCGCUACUGGCUCACUUCCCCAAGGUUUACUUCCUCACGGGCGAGCGGGAUCCCCUCGUGGACGAUACAGUCAUUUUCGCGGCGCGGUUGCGGAAGGCCAAGGAAGAGUACUGGGCACAGCAGCAGCGGGACCAGGACGAGGGAGACGGCAGACGGCCAUUCGGCGACAAGGACGUCGCCGAGGUAGCGCUGCUUCCCGGCGUCUCCCACGGCUUCCUCCAGUUUCCGUCCAUCUACCCUCCGGCCUGGGGGUUCAUCGACCGGACGGCAGAGUGGUUUGAGGACAUCUUCGCGCACGCCGACCAGGUCAGGAGGAGAGAGAAAAACAAGAAGACGACCGCACGGCACCAGCAGCAAGUCUCCCGGAAAACACAAACACCGGACAUGUCUGCCAGGAUGGUCGGUGUGAACGGGACAACGCUGUGGGGAGGAGACGGGCAAGAGGCCAGGCAUCAUAGGCGCACCAUGACAGAGUCGAGUGCAGACGAGGACAGACCGCUGGAGAUUGCCAUGUCGAGGGCGAGUAAAGGCAAGGCGAAAGCGGAAGAGGCGGGGACGACAUCGCGAGAAGAGGGGGAGGAAGGAAGAGGAGGGCGAGGAGGAGGAGGAGGAGGAGGAGGAGGAGGAGGAGGGGGGGGGGGGGGAUACGACGGACCUGCGAAGGCAAAGGGCAUGGAGGAAGUCAAUGGGACGAACGGCAAGACCAAGAGGAGGAACGGCAGGGCGAGGACUGGAUCGACGGGGAAAGUAUUAAGCAUGGUCAGACUUAAGAGCUCCGAAGACUUGCUCGGGAGGCGGAUGCAUGGCCUCGCCGGUGGGUUGACGGGACUUGGAGACGAGGAGUAA